AAAAUCGUAUACAAAACCUAACCUUAAAAUUAGUCAGAAUGAAGUGAUGAGGCAAGUCUUCCUUUUCAUUGUUAAUAAAUUCUUAAAUAAAGAUUAAAAAUAGUCAAUAUUCUUAUUUGUAAAUAGUUUACAAUAAUGCAAUAAUAUUCCUAAUUGGAGUUUUUACAGUGAACGUGGGAAAAUAAUAAGGAAAGGGAAAUUAUCUUUUAAUACUUAUUAAUAUCUAAAACUUGAUGAAUGUCUGAAAGUGAUUACGAUUCUGCGACGGAAUAUACGAGCCUCAUGGACGGCCACGCGGAAGUUCGCACGGACGGCCUAGGCUCAGGUGUUGAACAUCGAAGAAAACGUCGCGUAAAAGCUGCCAGUAAUGCAGAGGUUGAAAAUGGAGUACCGGAGGUGCACAUUGAAAAUCCUGGUGCCUCAAAUUUUGGCGAUUCAGGAAGAGCUGGUCGUGAUUAUCAGAGGGAUAUUGAUGCUCAACAAUUAGCGGAGGAGGAAGAAGAGCUCAAAUAUGGUGCGGCGCACGUUAUAAAAUUAUUUGUUCCUGUUUCCCUUUGUAUGUUAGUCGUUGUUGCUACAAUCAGUUCUAUAUCCUACUACAGUGUCAAAGGAAUAUAUUUGUUAUACACGCCGUUUCACGACGAUAAUCCAGAUACGAGUACGAAAAUAUGGCAAGCACUUGCUAAUUCACUUAUUCUGAUGGUGAUAAUCGUGACAAUGACUAUAUUACUUAUUAUUCUUUAUAAAUACAAAUUUUAUAAAGUAAUUCACGCGUGGCUAAUGCUUAGCUCUUUAAUGAUUCUUUUCCUUUUUUCGAUUUUAUACUGCGAAGAAGUGUUAAAGGCUUAUAAUAUGCCAAUGGAUAUAAUAACAUUAACGAUAAUAUUAUGGAAUUUCGGGGUUGUUGGAAUGAUUUGUAUUCAUUGGCAAGGACCAUUGCAAUUACAACAGGCAUAUCUUAUAUUUAUUGCCGCUUUAAUGGCAUUGAUUUUCAUAAAAUAUUUACCCGAAUGGACAGUUUGGGCAGUAUUAGCAGUGAUUAGCAUUUGGGAUUUAAUUGCCGUCCUAACGCCAAAAGGACCACUUCGUAUGUUAGUUGAAACGGCGCAGGAGCGUAAUGAGCCAAUUUUUCCAGCUUUAAUUUAUUCAUCGACAAUUGCUUAUACAUUUUCAAUGAGUUUAGCUGGUUACGCUGAAACUGCUUUGGUAACUGUUGAAGAAAGUGGUACUGAAGAUUCAGUGUCAUCGACGGCACGUGAACGUGAACAAAAUAAUGAGAGAACGACUGAUACAGAAGACGGUGGGUUUACAAGAGAAUGGGUCGAAACUCAUGCCGAUCGUAGCGCGAGGAGAGCUCAAGAAGUGACAGAAAAUUACACGGUACCUGGUCCAGUUAAUCCUAGAGAACUUAAUGCGGCUUUACAAGCAGCACAGAGACAACGACUGAUUCCUAAUGAGGAAAGAGGCGUUAAAUUAGGACUAGGAGAUUUCAUAUUUUACAGCGUUUUAGUCGGUAAAGCGUCGAGUUAUGGAGAUUGGAACACGACUUUAGCUUGUUUCGUUGCCAUCCUCAUUGGAUUGUGCUUGACACUUCUAUUAUUGGCAAUUUUCAAGAAAGCUCUCCCAGCCUUACCGAUCUCAAUCACAUUUGGCUUGAUAUUUUAUUUUCUCACACGAGUUAUUGUUGCUCCAUUUGCAGACAGUCUAGCCAGUGAACAAGUAUUUAUUUAAUUUUUCCUUUUUUUUAUUACAAUUUUUUUUACCACAUAUUUUUAAUCGACGCAAUUCUAUCCUGGAUUAAUAUAAUAAAAGUCUGCAAUUCUUU